AAAAGGCUGGCCGGAAAAGGCAAACCGGAAAAUCUAUUUUCCUUUCUACGGUUAAAACUUAAAACGGCACGAUGAGAGCCGUCUCAAAGCGACUAUUACGACGUCGUUUUUCCCAUUUGGCCGUGGCGUCUCGUACUGAGCCGAAAUCAUCGUCGUUGUCGUUGAACUCAUCAUUGGCGUCCUCGCUGAUUGAGGAGUUCGCCAGAUGUUGCUAUCAGAGAGAACUGCGGGCAGCCAUGAGAGCUAUGGACGCCAUAGAAAGGACUGGAGUUCGGGCUGAUUCCAUUACGUACUCGGAGCUUAUCAAGUGCUGCUUGGCUCGUGGGGCGGUCGAAGAGGGUAGGAUCGUCCACAGGCACGUUUUCUCAAAUGGGUACCAGCCAAAGACGUUUCUGAUCAAUGUUCUCAUUAACAUGUACGUGAAGUUUGGGUUCUUGGAAGAGGCACAGAAACUGUUUGAUAUAAUGCCUGAAAGAAAUGUUGUAUCUUGGACGACGAUCAUAGCAGCUUACUCUAAUGCUAAGCUCAACGAAAGGGCGUUGGAAUUCUUGGUAUUGAUGCUUAGAGACGGCGUGAUGCCCAAUAUGUUCACCUAUUCUUCCGUUCUGAGAGCGUGUGACGGGCUGUGGAAUCUACGACAGCUUCAUUGUAGUAUAUUUAAAGCUGGAUUGGAAUCUGAUGUCUUUGUUCGAAGCGCUCUCAUCGACGUUUACUCGAAACUGGGCGAACUGCGAAAUGCAUUAGGUGUUUUUAAUGAGAUGGUGACAAGAGAUUCGGUUGUUUGGAACUCCAUCAUUGGAGGUUUUGCGCAGAAUGGGGAUGGCUAUGAAGCCCUGAAUCUCUUCAAGAACAUGAAACGAGCCGCUUUUCAUGCUGACCAGUCCACACUAACUAGUAUUUUGAGAGCUUGCACAGGGUUGGCGCUUUUAGAAUUGGGCAGACAAGUCCACGUUCACGUAUUGAAAUUCGAUCAAGAUCUAAUUCUCAACAAUGCACUUCUAGACAUGUAUUGCAAGUGUGGCAGCUUCGAAGAUGCUAACAUUGUUUUUACAAAGAUGGUGGAGAAGGAUGUAAUAUCUUGGAGCACCAUGAUUGCAGGGCUUGCCCAAAAUGGUUUCAGCCAAGAGGCAUUGAAAUUGUUUGAGAACAUGAAAGUUUCUGGGUCAAAACCAAACAAUAUUACAAUUCUUGGAGUUCUCUUUGCCUGUAGCCAUGCCGGGCUCGUAGAAGAGGGAUGGCACUACUUUCAAUCAAUGAAGCAGCUCUAUGGUAUUGUCCCAGAGAGAGAACACUAUGGUUGUAUCAUUGAUCUUCUUGGAAGGGCCGGGAAGCUUGAUGAAGCAGUAAGGUUAAUUCAUGAAAUGGAGUGUGAACCAGAUGUUAUUACAUGGAGAACUUUGCUCGGUGCAUGCAGGGUACACAAGAAUGUGGAUCUAGCCAUAUAUGCUGCCAAGCAAAUUCAAAAGUUGGAUCCGGAAGAUGCCGGAACCUACAUUUUGUUGUCCAAUAUUUAUGCUAAUUCUCAUAGAUGGGAUGAUGUUGCAGAAGUUAGGAGGAGCAUGAGACUCAGAGGAGUCAGAAAAGAAACAGGAUGUAGCUGGAUUGAAGUUGACAUGCAGAUACAUGCUUUCGUUGUGGGAGACAACUCGCAUCCACAAAUGGAAGAGAUCAAUAAGCAUCUAAGCCAGUUGAUACAGAGAUUAAAGGAAGCAGGUUAUGUUCCAGACACCAAUUUUGUUUUGCAAGAUCUUGAGGGAGAACAGAGGGAAGAUUCACUUCGAUACCACAGCGAGAAAUUGGCAAUCGUCUUUGGUAUGAUGAGAUUGCCAAAGGAGAAGAUUAUUAGAGUCCGGAAAAAUAUCAGGAUCUGUGGAGACUGUCAUGUGUUUGCCAAGCUGAUAGCAAAGAUGGAGGAACGGAUCGUUGUAAUUAGAGAUCCAGUUCGAUACCAUCAUUUUCAAAAUGGAGCAUGCUCUUGUGGGGACUACUGGUAACGGAAGAAGAGAUUUACAAGAUAUAGCUAGCUUACAGUUUGAUUGUAAUGUCUGAUUGAGUGCAAUCAUAUCAGAUGAACAAAGACGUCAUGAGGUGUAUAAUAUAUAUAAUAUGUAAAAUUGAAGUGGUCAUGGUGCAAAUAUUUUGUACAAUGCAAUCGCAGAGUGUGCUACAACACAGUUUGAAGCAAAAAGCACAUGACAACGGAAUUAUUUAACCAAAA